AUGGUUCUUUGCACGCAAGUAUUGAGCCAAGCGUCAAGCGUGCUUGAUGGCCCUGUUACCGGCACGCAGGCGGGCGUCUGCGAAUUCAAGACUAUCAACUAUAUUACCCACACACUCCCGCAACAGUGUCUGAAAACGAGCUGGCCGGGCGACAAGGUUACCACUGACGGUGCAAUUCCGACCAGUGAUGCAACCCGAGCCUUGAUUGACGACUCAACAACCACUUCUGAUGGCGAUCAUGCGACGCCUUCACCAAACUCCUCAACGACCGGGCGCCUCGAAGAUGAUGUUGUUGCGAACCCAUCUCCCACAGAUACUACGGCCGAUGGCGAACCUACUCCGAGACCAUUCAUGUCAUUUGAGGACUGGAAGGAGAUGAUGUUACGCAAGGCCGGACAAGACCCUUCAGAUCUCAAGUCUCGAAAAACGCCAGAUCGUAGCACGGAAGGUGAUAGGACUACAAAGAGCUCAGGUUUGGACAGCCUCGGGGACGACGGCAAGAUUGACCUCAAUUUCGACGUUGUGUCAGAAAAGAUAAGCAAUAUCGCAUCAGCACCCCAAGCAACACCAACCGAAGUUGUAGCGUCCGAGCAACAGCUAGAACCAGUGUUGUACGACGACGGCCGCACUCAAUACUACCGAAGCAAGGAUGCAGGAAAGACUUGCAAAGAAAGAUUCUCUUAUUCAUCUUUCGAUGCCGGGGCAACAGUACUCAAAACCAACAAAGGCGCAAAAAAUGCCAAGGCCAUACUGGUCGAGAACAAGGACUCAUAUAUGCUGCUGGAAUGCUCAGCUGAGAACAAGUUCGUCAUUGUUGAACUUAGCGACGAUAUUCUUGUUGACACGGUUGUACUGGCCAACUUCGAAUUCUUCUCCAGCAUGAUACGGCACUUUCGGGUUAGCGUGAGCGACAGGUAUCCUGUCAAAGUCGACAAAUGGAAAGAUCUUGGCAUGUUUGAGGCUAAGAACUCUCGGGAUAUCCAGCCUUUUCUCGUCCAGAACCCUCUGAUCUGGGCAAAGUAUGUCAGGAUUGAGUUUCUGACACACUACGGCAACGAAUUCUACUGCCCCGUCUCCCUCCUCCGUGUCCAUGGCACCCGAAUGCUGGAAUCAUUGAAGGAUCAAGAAACGGCCGCUGAGGAUGAAGAUGUGGUGGACGAGCCCCCAGCCGAGUUGCCCGGACCUCCAAAUGAGAACGCGGUUAGCGACAGUGUUCAAGCGCAAGAAAAUGUAACGGGGGCAUAUGUCGGGGGAGAGGGGCCACAAGAUAUGGGACCCGCCUUCUCGGCAGAUCCGUUGAUACCUAUGCGCAUAUUCCGUCUUUUCGACGGUGAAAACGCAACUUGCUUGGUAUCGGUUACUCCUACUCGCCCGUCGAGUACAAGCCCAGCAGGCGCUGGAUCGCAGAGCAGAACGCAUGGAGACUCAGACCCUGCCGCUCAGUUUAGGUCUGGCGUGGAAAGAGUUGCUGACCAGACUCCCGAGGAAAAACUGUUGUCUGUGUCAACGACAGAUUCUCGCAACACCGAACGGAACUCGGUGCCAUUGGCGGCGACGUCUGUUUCCUCAGCCGUACAUCAAGGCAGUGUCAGUCCAGGCACAAAGGCUGGAGGAGCAGGUGAAAACACCAUCAACGGCUCGUCUUCCACAAGAGCACCUUCGCAGGCCACUGCACAGAGUCGGAACAAGAAUAACUCAACUGCGCCACCCACGUCUCCGACCGUUCAGGAAAGCUUCUUCAAAGCGGUCAGCAAGCGUCUUCAGUAUCUUGAGUCCAACGUGUCACUGUCGCUCAAGUACAUCGAGGAGCAGUCUCGGUCUUUGCAGGAGACUCAACUGCUAGCUGAGAGGAAACAGCUGUCCAGGAUAGACAUUUUCCUGGACAGCCUCAACCAUACCGUUCUUUCGGAGCUACGGACUGUUCGCCAGCAGUACGAUCAGAUCUGGCAGUCCACCGUUAUCGCGCUGGAGAGCCAGCGGGAGCAGUCACAACGGGAGGCGGUAGCUCUUAGCUCUCGGCUUAACAUUCUUGCCGACGAGGUCGUCUUUCAGAAGCGAAUGGCGAUAGUGCAGGCGAUUCUACUCCUUUCUUGCCUCAUACUUGUUAUAUUCUCUCGAGCCAUGACCCAACCGAUCCUAACAGGCUCCUUUGACCUUGGACGGUCUCCGAGCCACAACCACCGGCUGCCCGGCCCUCCCAUAGACCGCGGCCAUGAGGGGGAGUACGUUCCUCGUUAUGACAAGUUUGGACGGCCCUUGGACAACGACAUCGCUGGCGAAGAUGAGGCACCCGACAGGAACCUGGAUGUGCAUCGACUCACACCAGACACACCAAAACGGCUUCUCACGCCCACAUCGGAAGCUGGGUACAGCCGCCGCCCAGAUACGGCCAUGACACCGGAGCUGCUCUCAGUCGAAGAGUUUAUGGAGAGUGAUCCCCACAGUAGCUUCCGUGACUCUUCCCCCGGCUCCGACGUUCGCUCUCCCAAGGACGAGCAAUUCAUAACGGACAACUCUAGAAAGGAUGAUCAUGGAUAUCCAGUCCAGUGUCUAGAUAAAUCGACAGAAGUUCUUGCAGGUUCAUUGCUAGAGGCAGAUUCUGCUUCGGUGUAUUCAUGUAAAUCUCGUGGAUCCAUCCCUUCUACGCUCCGCAAACCGCUCCCAGCAUUGCCUGAACAUCCGCCCUGA